UCCGAUUAAAUGCGUCAUGAAGUUGCCAGCUGAUACAAGUAGAACAAAGCAACAAUAGUGUGGUUUUGAAGUGCAAAUGUAUAUUUAAAAUUUUCAUAGUGCGUAUAUUUUUGACAAAGUAUUCUCUGAAGGUCAUGUGAAAUUCUUUAUUAAUAUUACGUAAACGUUUAAAGAAAUGUCCCAGCAACGAUCAUUUAAAGAAAGAAGGAGCUUUGCUCAGAGAAAACAAGAUGUUGAAGAAAUUCGUAAACAGCAUCCAAACAAAGUUCCUGUGAUUAUUGAAAGAUUCUAUGGAGAAAAGCAGCUACCAGUGUUGGAUAGAACCAAAUUUUUGGUUCCAGACCAUGUGACUGUAGGUGAGCUGGUGAAGAUUAUAAGACGCAGGUUACAGCUACAUCCUAACCAAGCCUUUUUCCUGCUUGUGAACCAGCGCAGCAUGGCUGCCGUAUCUGUGCUUAUGGGAGAGUUGUACGAGAAAGAAAAAGACGAGGAUGGAUUUUUGUACAUGGUGUAUGCAUCACAGGAGGUGUUUGGGGAUUGAAAAGACCAACAUUGAUUGACUUAAGUUUUAAUUAUUAAAAUUUUUAAAUUGAUGAACCAUUUUAUGUAAAAUUUUAGUUCUGAACUAAGCAUGUUUAAACUUAUCUUUUUGUAUAAACUGCACCAUCUUAUAAGACUGAAAGUAUUGUGGGUAAAUUAAAUUUGAAAAUAAAAGAAUAGCUUUAAUUUUAAACAAAUGAGAGGAAAUGUAUUUCAAAAGGUUUUUAUUAAAGAGAAGACUUGCUUGAUUUAACAAAAUUUAGUAAAUCUGUUAUGUAUUUUACAAGGAGGGGAAUUUUUUAGUAAGCCUAAGUUAUAUUCGUACAGCUGAAUGAUUUAUAUAAAAUAUGGUAAAGAACAAUUUUCCUUUGAGAAAAUUAAUCUUUAAACUUUUAUGCUUCAGCAAUUUCCUUGUUCUGUAUAAAAUUAAACGAUGUUUGUUCAUGUAUAUUGAAUGUAUCUGAUUUAGCUAUAGCGAUAAUUGAAAUAAGUAACACAUGUACUUGUACUUCAAUAAAUGUGACUUUUAACUAUUUAACUUUCAA